CGUCGAUUGCGGAAUGUAAACAUGGCGCCGAAGAAACGGCAUGGUAAAGUGGUCAAAAAACAACGUCGUAAAAUCAAUCUUCACGCCCUUUCUUACCAGCAAAAGCAACACCUUAAAGAAUUUGGGGAGGUCCACCCAUCGGAAUCUAGGGAAGAUGAAGUGAAAAAAUACACACAUGUCAAAGAUGAAUCAGAAAUAAUAAAACCAGAGACUGACAAGGUAGAGGAAUCGUCUGAUAGUGAAGGGGAGAAAACUGAGCAUCCAUUCCAAGAAUUACUGUCAACAAUAGAUGGAAGAGAAAAUGAUUCACAUAUUUAUGAAUCAUCCAAUGAUGAAGAAGAUGAAAUGGAGGAGGAAACUGGUGAUGAGGAAGAAGAAGAUAUAGAAUCAGAUGAUGAUGAUGUAGCUGAUCAGUCUGAUGAAGACGAUGUAGGUGAUGAUGAUGAUGAUAAUGAUGAUGAUGAAGAUGGUCAGUCUGAUGAUGAAGUGAAGGAGGAAGUUGAUGAUGAUGGUGAGGAGGAGGACGACGAUGGCAUUGCUAAUGCGGAAGAAAAUAAUAAUCAAGAGGUGUCACAACAAGAAAUAUUUCCAGAAAUAGAAGAUAUAGAAGUUGAUGAUAAAGAGAUUAUAGAUAUAAAUGAUGAUAAAACAGAUUAUCAUGUACAAGAUUCAGAUCCAUUUACAAAUCAGUUUGAUAAAGAAGUAGACGAGGACGCCAUAAAUAAAGUUAAUUCUCGUAAAGAUUGGACGAAACAACAAAUCAAGAUACCAGGAUUAGGUAAAGGUAAUUUACAGUUUCCAUGUCAACAACAUUUACCACCAAUGAACCAUAGUGAAACUGAUCUCUCAAAACUUUAUAUAAAAGAAAAACUGCUGGAGAAAAUACCAGAAACAAAUGAAAAAUUGUGCAAUAUUCAAACAGAAGGAUUAUCCCCCUUACAACAAGGAAUAUUUAAUGUGUUGAAUGAUUACCAGGAUUUAUAUUAUACAGAAAGAUCACAUCAUAAUCAGGAAGAAAUCCGACUCUCCUAUUGUUUACAUGCCUUAAAUCAUGUUGUCAAAUCUAGAAAUCGUGUUAUAGGUAAUAAUACUAAACUCAAAGAUAAAAAAGCUUCAGUAGAUGAUGAUUAUCGGGAUCAAGGACUAACCAGACCUAAGGUAUUAAUUAUGGUACCAUUUAGAGAAUCAGCGUAUAAAAUUGUGGAAAUAUUUAUAAGUCUGAUAUCACGUGGAAAAAAGGCUAAAAUGAUGAAUAGAAAACGAUUUGUACAGGAAUAUCAUGAUGAAGAUGAGGAGGAUACGAAGAAAGUUAAACCUGAGGAUUUUGAUGCAUUGUUUGCUGGUAAUAUUGAUGAUCAUUUUAGAUUUGGUGUUCAAGUUUGUAAAUCUGUGAUUAAACUGUAUUCACAUUUCUACCUGUCAGAUUUAAUUAUAGCAUCACCAUUGGGUUUACGUACUAUUAUAGGAGCUGAAGGUGAGAAAGGUGAUCAUGAUUUUCUAUCAUCUAUAGAAUUAUUGAUACUCGAUCAAACUGAUGUUUUUCUUAUGCAGAACUGGGAUCAUUUAACACAAAUUAUAAACAAAAUGCAUCAACAACCUAAGACAGGCCAUGGUGUAGAUUUUUCACGGGUUAGAAUGUGGACUUUAGAAGGAUGGUCUAAAUAUUAUCGACAGACAGCCAUAUUUAGUUCAAUAUCUUCUCCUGAAAUCACAGCACUGUUUAAUAAACAUUGUCACAAUUAUCGUGGUAAAAUACAGAUAGUUAGAAAACCGAGUAGUGGUACAAUUUGUCAGAUUGUUACACAACUUCCACAGACAUUCCAUCGUUUUAGUUGUAAAAACUUCAGUGAAAUUUGUGAGGACAGAUUCCAUUUCUUUGUCAAAAAGAUAUUACCAGAUAUACAGGACCAUAUGAAGAAUCAUACUAUGGUAUUUAUACCAUCAUAUUUUGAUUUUGUAAGAAUCAGAAAUUAUUUUGCUAAAGAAGAGAUGAAUUUUGUACAAAUGAACGAGUAUGUAAAAGAUCAGAAGGUAUCAAAAUAUAGAUGGUUAUUUUUUGUGGGAAAAGUUCCAUUUAUGUUAUACACAGAAAGACUGCAUUUUUAUCGACGGUAUAAAAUUCGAGGAAUUCAUCAUAUUGUGUUUUACGAAUUACCACACUAUCCCCAUUACUACAGCGAAGUCUGUAAUAUGUUAAAGGACCCAAAGAGAAAUUUAGAUCACAUAGAAUUAAGCUGUACCGUUCUGUAUUCUAAAUAUGAUGCCCAGAAACUGUCGGAAAUAGUUGGUGCUAAUAGGACUUCGGUUAUGAUCAACUCAGAUAAAACUGUUCAUAUGUUUGUUACUGGCGAAAAUAGCUGAUGAUGAAAUUGAUUUACUGAAAUGUGUUGCGUCGGCAAUGGCUGAUUUAUGUCUUGGCUAAUGGACGCAGUGUUGCGAGAGGACUCCUGCUUCAAACACACUUCACCAGUCUUAACAGGCCAAUGAAUGCUUAUUGAUUGCCUAGUCAUUUGGAUGGGAUGGAAAACCUAGGUCAACCCAUGUACACUUUUGAUUGAAUAUAAAAAAGCCCUUGACAGUUGGAAAUCGAAGAAGGGAAGAUCGAAACACCAUUAUCAAGGUGACAUUCUCGCAUUGCAUAAUUAACCUCAUAGAAAGUUUUCUCUCAAAACCCAAUUCCAUACACACAUACUCUUAAAGGAUGAGGGGGAUUGGGUGGCCGAAUGGUUGAAGGGGUGCACACUAGACCAUAAGAUCUGUCAUUCAGAGAAGUGGCAUGGUUUUGAUUCCCCUGUUGGGUCGCCUGUCCAACCUCCUGGGUUUUCUCUGUGUCCUCCUGUUGUCUCUAAAUAUAUCCAAAAUACGAACAAACGAAUUAUAGAAAUAAAAUUGAAUCAUAAUGACCUAGUUUGAGUGGAUGCUAAACCCCACUUUUAAAGGAUGAAAGAUUUGCCAUAAGAUCUCUUGUUUAUACUUAACACCAGGCCAGCUAAAAUUUAAAUCUAAACUAAAAUGAUUGAGAAUAAUUGAUAAUAUGUUUAUUAUAAUGUUAUCUUCUGUUAAUUUAGAAAAUAAAAAUUGUACUCAAAUAUAA